CCUUACUUUAGGGUAGCUAGCCAAGAUAUUUUCAAGCAAAUCCUUUUUUCACAAACUUCUAAAUAUUACUACCAUACUAUGUAAAGAAUUUUCAAAUCGAACAAAAAAAAAAACAUGUGAUGGGUAGGACAGUUAAAACAAAUUUCUAGACUUCAUUAACAUUUGGUAAAAAAUUCAAUAAUUUUUAUUCAUAUUAUAUUUUCUUUUACAUAAUUAAAUUAAUUAAAUUUCAAAAUAAAUAUCAAAAAUAUAAAAAAGAAAAAAACCAGAAUCAAGGCUUAAAAGAAUAACAUGAGAAUUGUUUCACUCACAAAGAUUUUUUUUUUUUAUGAUUUUUAAUAUGGUAUCUGAUACUUAUAUUGAAGUUCAAACAAUUUCGAUCAAGAAGGAAGAAGGAUUAAAAAUAUCUAGAAUAUCAUCCCACUUAAUAGUAAAAGAAUGUAUAAAAUAUUCAUUGAACCCUCACUAUACUUCCUUUUUAGUUCUCAUUACUCUCUUGCUAAUAUACCUCCAAUAUUGCAAACAUAUUAAUUUGUCCUAAUUCUUUCUCCCUCUUACCCAUACUCCAAAUUAAUAUUAACCCUAUCUUUUCUCAUAUAUCCACAAACUCCUUUAUUACCUUUGCCAAGAUCCUCUAUCUUCUUAACUUUGACAUUGACUCAAAAAUAUUGUUAUACUCAUCUUUGUUGAAGAAUCAAAGCAUGGAUCAUUUUGGUAAUUUAAUAAAAGAAGAGUUUGAUGGAUCAUUUUUGACGCCUCAACCGAAGGAGUGUCUUCAUGAGAAUGGACCUCCACCAUUUCUUACAAAAACAUAUGAACUUGUGGAUGAUCCAAGUAACAACGACGUCGUUUCUUGGAGUAGAGGUUACAAUAGUUUCAUAGUAUGGGAUCCCCAGAAUUUGGCCAUUAAUUUUCUACCAAGGUAUUUCAAGCAUAACAAUUUCUCAAGCUUUGUCAGGCAGCUCAAUACUUAUGGAUUUAGGAAAGUAAAUCCAGACCAUUGGGAAUUUGCUAAUGAAGGUUUUCUGAGAGGGAAAAAGCAUCUCUUGAGAACAAUAAGGAGAAGAAAACCAAGUAAUUUCAUCAAGUCUUCGUCAUCAAUUAAUAAUCAAGGUAUGGAUUCUACUUCAUCAUCAUCAUCAUCAUGUGUUGAGUUGGGAAGGUUUGGAUCAUUUGAUGGAGAAAUCGAUGAAUUAAGACGCGACAAGCAGGUUCUCAUGAUUGAACUUGUUAAACUUAAACAGCAUCAAAAGGCUACUAAAUCACAACUUCAAGCUAUGGAGCAAAAGCUUCAAGGGACAGAAAUCAAACAAGAGCAAAUAAUGAGUUUUUUGGCUAAAGCAUUACAUAAUCCAAAUUUUGUGGAGCAAAUAAUGCAACAAAAUGAUAAAAGGAAACAACUUGAAGAAGCAAUGAAGAAGAAGAGGAGGAGGCCAAUUGAUUAUUAUGAAGCUGGUCCUAGUAAUAUAAUUAAGUUAGAACCUCAAGAUCAUGAUAUUAUUAAUAAUGAAUUUGAUGAUGAUUUACAAGUGGCUAUGAACAUGUCACAUGGGAACACAUUAAUCAAUUUAGAAGAAGAAAAUAAUGAAGGAUUUUGGGAGGAUAUGCUGAAUGAGAAUAGUAAUGUUGAAGAUGAGAUUAUGGCUUUGCUUGGUGUUAAUAAUGAACAAGAAGAUGAACAACUUCAUGUGGAUAUUUUCUCUGAUUAAUUAAUUACUUGAAUAAAUUAUCAGCCAAUUUCUCUGGCUCAUCAUGAUUUAAAUUUUAUGGAUUGUGUUACUUGUUGAUUAAUUGGAGUUCGUACAUUUAAUCAAGGUUCAAUGUUCUCUAUUUA